AUGGGGCCUGAUGGUGAGGUCCAGUUGUCUAGCCCCUCUAAAUUGAGCUAUAAGAGGCCCUUGAGCGCUAUGGAUCCUUCUCCAUCGAAGAAGACCCUCAUUAUCGAGCGCUAUUCUGUCCCUGAAACUUCUUCUAAACUGGACAAGAGUAUGAGAUACGCCUUAGGCAGAAACCUGCUUCAACAAGAGGUUGAACAAAAGCACCAAGAGCUUCUUCUUUACAAAAAACAGAUUAUGUCAAAGAAGACCUCAAUUCACAAUCAAGAGCUUGUGAACCGCAAAUUGGAAGAUGAGGUGCGCGAGAUAACUAGAGAACUACGAGAGGUUGAAGAGAAUGUCAAGCAAUUAGAUGAAGCUGAGAAGGAUAGUAUACAACAAAUCGAGUCUCGCGUUCAAAUCAAGAAGAGGGAAUUGAAGGUGAACCACGAAAAGAAGCUUAUGGAUCUCAAGGAGACAUUAAGUCAGGAGAUAGACAAGGUAGUCGAGGAGACAGCAAGAAAAAAUCAAGAGACGAAAGCAACAUUGGAGAUGGAAAUAUCAAAGCUUCGAACAAGUCUCAGGCUAGUCCAAAAAGAAAGGACGAGAAGACUCAUUCAGCUUAAAGAGAAUCAUAGUCGAUACCUUCACAGCAUUAGUGAAAGCCAUAAGGUUGAAUUGGAGCGUGUAAGGAUUGCAGAAAAUGAGUUGCAAGAACAGAUUCAGAACAAUGAAAGGCACAUAAGAGAUCUUCAGAAAGAAAUAACGGAGCAGUUGCAUGCGAAGAAGAUCUCUAUGGAGCUUGAACUAACAGAGUUACAGGAGAGCUAUUCGAGUCAGGAACAAGGCCGAAAGCUGAUCUACGACAAGAUACUUGCUGCAAAUGAUGCUAUUGCAAAACACAAGGGUUCUAUGGAGCACCGCAUCAAGGAAAAAGAGGCAUAUGGAGUAGAGACCGAAGCUCUUCAUGAGUUGUUCCCAUCUUUAGAACUGAAAAGAAGACAACUUCAUGCUAAGCUCCAUGAUUUGAAAGGCAACAUCAGGGUCUUCUGCAGAAUUCGGUUUGACAAUUCAGGCCCUCACUCCCUCAUAGAGACGUCGUCGCCUGAGGAGUUCAGUGAAACUGGCAAGCAGGAUCUUGCCUUGUCCAAAUCCGAAGCGACAUCACAGUAUUCGUUUGCUAACGGGAUUCGUAAUGAGCCAAAUCUUUUUCAGUUUGAUAAAAUAUUCAAUACUGAUGUCUCAAAUAGAGAAAUCUUUGAGGAAUGGUGUCAAUUGGUUCAAUGUGCGCUUGACGGGUCUAGGGUCUGCGUGUUCGCUUACGGCCAAACUGGUUCGGGAAAGACCUAUACAAUGUCCAACGAAGCUGAUGGUAUGAUACCGCUCUCAAUCGAAAAAAUUUUUGACGACAUCAAUGAGCUCAGAUCGUAUGGCUGGGAGCAUGAAAUCGAUGCCAAUUUCAUUGAAAUCUAUAAUGAGAAUAUUUUUGAUCUAUUCGCCCCAACGAGUCUGCCUGUGAAGCAUGAGAUAAAACAUGAUGAUAUGUCACAAACAACAACGGUCUCCAACUUAAGAACGAAGAGAAUGCACAAUGCCAAAGAAGCUCUUGAAAUGCUUAGGUCGGCAAAUAAGAGAAGAGCUACCGCAGCAACGGAUGCCAAUGAGCGCUCAUCAAGAUCCCAUUCAGUGUUUACGAUCAAAAUCAAAGGCAAUAAUCAAAAAUCAGGUGAGCUGAAAGCAGGACUUUUGAAUCUUGUGGAUUUGGCUGGAUCAGAAAGAAUUGGGAGUUCGCAUGCCACAGGUGCUCGGCUCAAGGAAACACAAGCAAUCAAUAAAUCACUCUCCUGUCUUGGGGAUGUCAUCUACAGCAUAGCCAGAAAGCUGAACAAUGGCCAAAACAAUCAUGUACCAUACCGAAAUUCGAAGCUCACAUAUCUUUUGAAGAAUAGCUUGCAAGGAAACUCAAAGACACUCAUGUUCGUCAACAUACUGCCUUUGCUAAAAAACUUUGGAGAAACACUAAACUCCUUGAGAUUUGCUACGAAGGUCAACAGAACCAAGGUGUCCCAGUAA